AUGUCUCAACAACGCACUGCGCUCUGGGAAGCAGAGCUCGAGGAGGACCUGCAGGAUGUUGACGUGAACCUUGCCAUCGGAAACUAUGGUCAGAACGGAAUGUACGAAGACGCACAGCCUCGGAUAGACGAGACUACGCUCGUGGCUGUUCAACAGCAGAUGGCGCAACAAGCAGCCUUCUCUCAGGUGCCAGACGUCGUCAAGCGGUUCAUUGUGCAUUUCCACAAAGCCGUGCUAGACAACAACCUCGCCGAAAUCACGGUGGCCUACGAGAGCGGGUGGAAUAGACUGACGGAGAAGUUCUACGCGAAGACGGAAUGGCCAGAGGCGGAGGUGAUCGCACCCUUAGUGAAUGAUGACCAGAUUUUCCUUAUCCUCUACCGCGAACUCUACUACCGCCACGUCUACUCGCGGCUUCAGCCCGACAUCGACGACCGCUUCCACUCGUACGAGAACAGCUGCGAGCUGUUCAAUUACCUGCUGAACUCGGACGGCCCCGUAGCUCUGGAGCUCCCUGAGCAGUGGCUCUGGGACAUCAUUGACGAGUUCAUCUACCAGUACCAGUCGUUCUGCGUCUGGCGAUCAAAGGUCAAGUCGAAGACAGACGAAGAGAUCGUUCUGCUCUCCGAGGAGAGCCAGGUGUGGAGCUCAUACAGCGUCCUGAAUGUUUUGUACUCGCUCAUACAAAAGUCGAAAAUCCAUGAGCACAUCAUUGCGCUACAGGAGGGCAAAUCUGCGGAGGAGAUCGCAGAGAUUGUUGGCGAAUAUGGUGUCCGUCCAUUGUACCGUAUGCUUGGCUACUUCAGCAUCAUCGGUCUUCUGCGGGUGCACACGCUCCUCGGCGACUUCACUCUUGCUCUUAAGAUAAUGGAAAACGUCGAACUGAGCCAAAAAUCUCCGUUCAUGCGUGUCACAGCCUGCCAUGUCACCACCUUCUACUACGUCGGCUUCUGCUACAUCAUGCUCCGGCGGUAUCCCGACGCUAUCCGGACCUUCGUUAACAUUUUGAACUUCAUCUUACGGAUGCGGCAGUACCACACGCGCAGUUACCAGUAUGACCAAAUCAACAAAACCGCCGACCGAAUGUACGCGCUUCUGGCGAUAUGCAGCGCCCUCUCCCCGAUGCGCGUCGAUGACAACAUCUCCAACAUCGUCAAGGAGCGAUAUGGAGAUCAGUUCACCAAGAUGUCGCGAGGCGAGGAGGGCCUCCCCGCCGUCGAGGAGCUCUUCCUGUACGCCUGCCCCAAGUUUAUCGCGGCCAACCCGCCACCCUACGAGGAGGGUGACCAGCUCGCGUUGUACAUGGAGGACCCGCCGGUCGAGCCCGCACAACGGCACCUCGCCCUGUUUCUCUCCGAGGUGCGCGCACAGGCGCCGGUGCCGACAUUGCGCAGCUUCCUGAAACUGUACGCGUCGCUCGACGCGGCGAAGCUCGCGAACUUCCUCGAUGCGGACGAGGAGGAGAUGGUUCAGCAGCUGAUGGUCAUGAAGCAAGCGAGCAGGAGCGUGAGUAGGGUUGACACAGAGAACGAGAAGGGCCUGUUGGACGGUCAAACGGCGUCGACAAGUGAUCUAGACUUCGUGAUUGACGAGAACAUGGUGCACAUGGCCGAGUCGACGCUCGGCAGAAAAUACGCAGGAUGGUUCAUCCGGAACACGGAGCACGCACAGCGUGUCUUCGAUGCCCUCCGGAACAGCCCCCUUCCACCAAAAGCGAAGGCACCUGCGGGUAUCGCGCCAGAGUUGCCGGCAGCUGCGCCUCGUACGGCCGGGCGUAGUGUCGCCUGGGGUGGUGUCAAGACAGCUUGA